CAAACCCCCAAAAACAGACAGAGGGAACCAGAGAGAGAGAGACCUCGAGAGCUCCAGCAAUGGCGUACUUCACCGCACGGCGCACUCUAGCAUCAUUCGUAAGUCGAACCCUAUCUUCUUCUUCUUCUUCUUCUACACUGUCUUCUCGUUCUCGCUUCGCUUUCGCACCCCUUAUCAACCAGCAAACCCACCGAUUCGCGCCCGACCCGGUCAAAGUACAGACCCGACCCAAGUCCUCCGGGCCGGGAUACUCGCCCCUCAACGACCCAUCUCCCAACUGGAGCAAUCGACCCCCCAAGGAGACGAUCCUCCUCGAUGGCUGCGACUACGAGCACUGGCUCAUCGUCAUGGAGUUCACGACCGACCCAAAACCCUCCGAGGAGGAAAUGAUCAACUCCUAUGUCAAAACCCUAACCAAUGUUGUGGGAAGUGAGGAAGAGGCGAAGAAGAAGAUAUACUCGGUUUGUACGACGACGUAUACAGGAUUUGGAGCUUUGAUUUCCGAGGAGCUUUCUUACAAGGUUAAAGGGUUACCUGGUGUUCUUUGGGUGUUGCCGGAUUCAUAUCUUGAUGUGCCCAACAAAGAUUAUGGAGGGGAUUUGUUUGUUGAUGGGAAAGUCUUCCGUAGGCCGCAAUAUACUGAUAUGAGACCGCAAACAACUAGGAACAGGCCUCGUCCACGGUAUGAUAGGCGCCGGGAAACAAUGCAAGUUCAGAGAAGAGAGGGAAUGCAAAGACAGAACGUGGACCAUGAUCAGGGAGCACCUGCACAGCAACCAACAUCAAUGGAUAGCCAGAAUUCAGCUUGGGGUGGAAGGAGAGACUGCUAGGUGAACCAAGGAGAAUUUAUUAGGAAAAAUUCCUGAGACUUCAAAAUGUGUUGAACUUAGAAUAUUGAAUCAAGGUUUGCUGGCGUAAUUCUUAUUUGAGGCAUAAUGACUGCAUUCCUUAUGUUCCAUGACAAGCUUAUGCAUUUUAUCCAACAUCUUUAUGAAGACAAGAAAUGUGAAUAUAUUGUUUGUCCUUUCUUGCAACUUCUGCAAA